CUACUAGCCAUUGCCCUUGGUGUGCACCAAGCAACAUUGGGAUCAUCGCCGGCACUCCUAAUAACCACCAGGUUGUUGAAAACAUCUAGCGCACCACCGUACCCAUUUACGAUGUGCGACAUCCUCAUGAUAACCAGAAGCUUCUAAGCCCAUGCCAUAGCAUUCCCGUAGCUGUUUAUCACCAUGGCUACUACCCCGGAGGAAUUCUUUGCUGAGGGUCUCAUGGAGCCUUCACCACCAUCCCCAUCUGUCUUCCUCGACCUUAACCCGAUGCCUGAUUCCAAUACUGCUGAUAAGGGCCAGCUCUCCCAUGAUGACCUGCUGCUCCCUAACAUCUCGUGCAUGCACAUGGAGGAUGACAUUGAUGGUAAGCUCUUGUGCCAAUACUCUGAUCACCCUGCCCUACUCCAGGCGCAGCAGCCCUUCGACCGGAUCCUCUCCUCCCCUCCCAUCAGUGCCAAAAAUGAUGAUGCAGCCAACAAGGGCAACAUGGAUCAGGCCGAUGAUUUGUUGCUGGUUAGUAGUGGCGAUAAAAGCACUCUCAGCUUGGCCUUCUCCGACGGUGAGUAUGUGGUGGGGGAAUUCUUGAAGGGCAUGGAAGAUGCUAACAGGUUCUUGCCAAGUGACAACAGCUUUAUAAAGGGCCAUCAAAUGAAUCAAAUGUUCAUCAGAAGCAAACGUAAGCAUCUGGAGGAGGAGGUAGGCAGGACCAGCAAGAUUAUGAUGACGACGACGGAGGUGCCAGAAGAGACUGGCAUCCAUGAGAUGCUUGAUGAUAUGAUGACAGGUGGAGACGAGGCAUUGAUCAGGGAUAUGGAGAAGUUGCGUACUGCCAUGUCCAAUAAGGAGGAGAAGAAGAAGAGGAGAAAGGGUUCUAGCAAGGUUACGAGGGAUAUGGUGGAUCUAAGCACUCUGUUGAUCCGUUGCGCGCAGGCAGUGGACAGAAGCAAUUAUUUGAUUGGGGGUGAGCUGCUGAAUCAGAUCAAACAGCAUGCUUCAACAACAGGUGAUGCCAUGCAACGGCUAGCUCAAUGCUUCUCCAAGGGGCUGCAGGCGCGGUUAAUGGGAACAGGAAAGCAGCUUCGGAAUUUGCUAAUAGCAGAUCGUCCUUCGGCCAUGGAGUUCCUCAAGGCUUACAAUCUUUACAUGUCAGCCUGCUACUUCAACAAGGUGGCACACAUUUUUUCCGCACUGACCAUUGCGCAAGUCAUGAAGGGAAAGAGCAGGCUGCACAUUGUAGGCUAUGGUAUCCAUGGCGCAUUCCAGUGGGCAGGUUUGAUCCGCUGGCUGGCGAAGAGGGAAGGUGGACCGCCACUAGGGAUGAAGAUCACCACCAUCUGCUGUUCCCACCCUGAGUCUUUUCCAGUUCAGUGGAUUGAGGAGCAAGGGUAUCGGCUCAGCAAGUAUGCUAGUGAGCUUGGUUUGCCAUUUGUGUUUGAAGUCGUCACAGCAGAGCGGGAGAAAGUUUGCAUCCAGAACUUGAACGUAGAUGCAGAUGAGGUGCUUGUCGUGAGUGACCUCUUUAAUCUCAGCACCUUAAAGGACGAGAGCAUAUUCUUUGAUAGCCCAAACCCUAGGGAUACUGUCCUCAGUAAUAUCAAGAAAAUGCGGCCAAAUGUUUUUAUCCAGAGCGUUUUGAAUUGCUCAAAUGGCUCCUGCUUCUUGUCACGUUUCCGGCAAAAGCUGUUCUAUUACUCGGCACUAUUUGAUAUGUUGGAUGCAAUUGUCCCACGGGAGAGUGAACCACGAUCGGUGCUGGAGCAGGAGUUGCUUGGGCGUUAUGUACUGAAUGCCAUCGCCUGUGAGGGUAUUGACCUUGCGCAACACCCUGAGAAGUAUAGGCAGUGGCAAUCGAGAAACCAACGGGCAGGCCUGAGGCAGCUGCCACUAAGACCAGUCGUUGUGAAUGUACUUAAGGACAAGGUCAAGAAGCACCACCACAAGGAUUUGUUGCUCAGUGAGGAAGGCCAGUGGCUGCUGCAAGGAUGGAAGGGGCGCGUCCUGUUUGCCCACUCAACAUGGGUAGUAGAAGACGGAUCUUCUGAAUGAAGCUUUAGUUCCUUGCUGCUGAGUGAUAACAUAAACUUCUGCAACUCCCUGAGAAGCAUUUGGCCGUGCUGAAAAGCAUUUGUUGAGCUGUUUAGUCAUUCGGUGCGGGUUAGCGGCUGCUGAAAAGCAUUUUAUGUGAUGUCCAAGUUAUAUCUGGUAUUGAGGACUUGCUAUAGACAACUGCCAGCACCUCUGUCCAUGUGUUUUGAACUUUUGAUCAAGUAGACGAGGAGGAAGACGGAUUGUUCAAUACAGCAGUACAUCUAGUGCCACAGUAUCAUAUUCUUGAUGCAGUAGGUAGCAUUCUUGUUGUAUCUGCUAUUCAGUAUCGAUGCGCACACAUUUGUUUCUUGAAGCUGUGCAUG